UGUAAGCAUGCCUUUCCUUUUUAUUCUAAAUGUGAUGUCCUUAUGAACAAUUUAAGUGAGUCUUUCAAUGCAACCAUUUUGUUACAAAGGGACAAACCAAUAUUGACUAUGUUUGAGUGGAUAAGGAAUUACUUGAUGGGUAGGUUUGCAACCCUUAGGGAAAAGGUAGAUAGGUAUAAGGGACUGGUAAUGGCCAAACCUCUUAGGAGAUUGGAUAGGGAAAUAGAGAAAUCUGCUAGUUGGACUCCAACAUAUGCAGGGAGGUUAACUUUCCAAGUCUCACAUACCCUUCUAUCUGAUAGCUUUGUAGUGGACCUGGCCCAAAAAACUUGUACUUGUAAUAUGUGGGAGUUGGUGGGAAUACCUUGCAGGCAUAGUGUGGCAGCAAUAUAUAGAAAAGGGGAUGACCCUAGAAACUAUGUUAGUGAAUACUAUCACAAGAACACUUAUGAGAGAUGUUAUAGUGAGGUCAUCACACCUUUGAAUGGUCAGAACAAGUGGCCUAAGACCUCUGAUCCAGUUAUAUUACCACCCAUGUACAAGCGUGGCCCAGGUAGGCCUAAGAAACUUCGUAGGAGGGAACCUGAUGAGGCAAACCAACAUAAAUGGCAAAGGACAAACACUAGUCAUAGGUGCAAAACUUGUCAAGAACUUGGACAUAAUGCUAGAACUUGCAAGAAAAACAAACAAAUUGUGCUUGUUCCAUCUGAGAAUGUAAGGCAGGACAUACCUACACAAGCAAGUCAAACUGUUGAAGGUAAUGUUCCAAACCAAGCAACUGAGCCUGCUACAACUAAUGGACCAAAAAAAAGGGGGAGGCCAAAGGGAUCCAUGAAUGCAGGCACCAGCAAUUCCAACAAAAUGAACAAGCAAGACAAACCUCAGAAAAAGAAGAACAACAAAACUGCUGCUAAGACAAGUACUCAACAAACUGUGGAAGGAGGGGAUGCUCAACAAAAUGUGGAAGGAGGGAAUGCUGAAGAAAAUGUAGAAGGAGGGAAUGCUCAACAAAAUGUGGAAGGAGGGAAUGCUGAAGAAAAUGUGGAAGGAGGGAAUGCUGAAGAAAAUGUGGAAGGAGGGAAUGCUCAACAAAAUGUGGAAGGAGGGAAUGCUGAAGAACAUCACAUUUUUGACAAGUAUUGUGACUGGGAUGCUGAAACUUUGGAAGCUAUUUUGAGUUGUGAAGGUGUGUUGGACAUUCCACCAAUUAGAGUUGACACCACACCUGUCAAAAAAGCUAAGUCAGUUCCAAUCCCUGUGGAAAAAAAUCAUACAAAUGCAACUUCAUCUACAGCAGAUCAGUCAAAGAAUAGCCCAUCAAAAGCAACUCAGUCAAGGCUUAAGGUGUUCUUUGGUAAAAAACCACCAGCUUCUAAACAAGUGCCAAGCAAAAGUGAUCCUGUUAAAAUUUUGAGUCCCACUAAAAAGGCAAAGAUCAAGACUGGAUUGGCUUCCACACAAUCAAAGAGGCAGAGUGAGAGACUCAAGACACUCAAAGUGAGGGACAUUCCUGGCCCAGGUCGAGAACCUGAUAAUCCAGUGGUCAUCAAUGAAGAUGAUGGUGAUGAAAACAACUCCAAAAAUUGGGAAGAUAUUUGCAGGAGUAUGACCCAGUGAAUUGAAUGUGGAACUGUCAUGUUUUAUGCCUUGUCUGUACUUUUAGUUAAUGUAAUGUAAACUUACUCUUUUGGUCAAACUGAGAAGAUAUGUGUAGUACAAGCAUCUUUUGGUCAUGUGUUUUGGUUAAACAUCAUAUUUUGGUUAAUUUCAUGUUGUAAUAUUGACAAUAUUAUGUACUGUGACAAC